CCCCAGUGCCGCCAGCGCCCCCGCCGCCCGCCCGCUCCCGCGGGGCGCCGCGCCCCCGGCCAUGGCGAAGAAGAGCGCCGAGAACGGCAUCUACAGCGUGUCCGGCGACGAGAAGAAGGGCCCCCUGAUCGCGCCCGGGCCCGACGGGGCCCCGGCCAAGGCCGACGGCCCCGCGGGCCUGGGGGCGCCCGGCGGCCACCUGGCCGUGCCGCCGCGCGAGACCUGGACGCGCCAGAUGGACUUCAUCAUGUCCUGCGUGGGCUUCGCCGUGGGCCUGGGCAACGUGUGGCGCUUCCCCUACCUGUGCUACAAGAACGGCGGAGGUGUGUUCCUUAUUCCCUACAUCCUGAUCGCCCUGGUCGGAGGAAUCCCCAUUUUCUUCUUGGAGAUCUCGCUGGGCCAGUUCAUGAAGGCCGGCAGCAUUAACGUGUGGAAUAUCUGCCCCCUGUUCAAAGGCCUCGGCUACGCCUCCAUGGUGAUCGUCUUCUAUUGCAACACCUACUACAUCAUGGUGCUGGCCUGGGGCUUCUAUUAUUUGGUGAAGUCCUUCACCACCACGCUGCCCUGGGCCACGUGUGGCCAUACCUGGAACACUCCCGACUGUGUGGAGAUCUUCCGCCACGAAGACUGUGCCAAUGCCACCCUGGCCAACCUCACUUGUGACCAGCUUGCUGACCGCCGGUCCCCUGUCAUCGAGUUCUGGGAGAACAAAGUCUUGCGGCUCUCCGGGGGGCUGGAGGUUCCGGGGGCCCUCAACUGGGAGGUGACCCUGUGUCUGCUGGCCUGCUGGGUGCUGGUCUACUUCUGUGUCUGGAAGGGGGUCAAGUCAACAGGAAAGGUCGUGUAUUUCACCGCAACGUUCCCCUACGUGGUCCUUGUCGUGCUGCUGGUGCGUGGGGUGCUGCUGCCCGGAGCCGUGGACGGCAUCAUCUACUAUCUCAAGCCUGACUGGUCGAAGCUGGCGUCCCCUCAGGUAUGGAUAGAUGCCGGGACCCAGAUUUUCUUUUCUUACGCCAUUGGCCUGGGGGCCCUCACGGCCCUGGGCAGCUACAAUCGCUUCAACAACAACUGCUACAAGGAUGCCAUCAUCCUCGCACUCAUCAACAGCGGGACCAGCUUCUUUGCUGGCUUCGUGGUCUUCUCCAUCCUGGGCUUCAUGGCCACAGAGCAGGGCGUGCACAUCUCCAAGGUGGCGGAAUCAGGGCCUGGCCUGGCUUUCAUCGCCUAUCCCCGGGCCGUCACGCUGAUGCCUGUGGCCCCGCUCUGGGCUGCCCUGUUCUUCUUCAUGCUGCUGCUGCUUGGCCUCGACAGCCAGUUUGUAGGUGUGGAAGGCUUCAUCACCGGCCUGCUGGACCUCCUCCCGGCCUCCUACUACUUCCGUUUCCAAAGAGAGAUCUCCGUGGCCCUCUGCUGCGCCCUCUGCUUUGUCAUUGACCUCUCCAUGGUGACCGAUGGCGGGAUGUAUGUCUUCCAGCUGUUUGACUACUACUCAGCCAGCGGCACCACCCUGCUCUGGCAGGCCUUCUGGGAGUGCGUGGUGAUCGCCUGGGUGUACGGAGCCGACCGCUUCAUGGACGACGUGGCCUGCAUGAUCGGGUACCGACCUUGCCCCUGGAUGAAAUGGUGCUGGUCUUUCUUCACCCCGCUGGUGUGCAUGGGCAUCUUCAUCUUCAACACGGUGUACUACAAGCCGCUGGUCUACAACAACACCUACGUGUACCCAUGGUGGGGCGAGGCCGUGGGCUGGGGCUUCGCGCUCUCCUCCAUGCUGUGUGUGCCCCUCCACCUCCUGGGCUGCCUCCUCAAGGCCAAGGGGACUGUGGCUGAGCGCUGGCAGCACCUGACGCAGCCCGUGUGGGGUCUCCACCACUUGGAGUACAGAGCUCAGGACUCGGACGUCAGGGGCCUGACCACCCUGACCCCAAUGUCUGAGAGCAGCAAGGUGGUGGUGGUGGAGAGCGUCAUGUGACAGGUGCCCCGGCUCACAUCACCAGCUCACCCUCUCGUAGCCAUAGCAGCCCCUGCUGUAGCCCCCCACCCCCCCAGGGGCUUGCCUUUCCCUGCCACCUACGGGGUCUGCCGGGGGGCGGGGGGGGAGAGGAGGAAGCACCAGAGUGCUUAUAACUAAAAUAACUUUUUCCAUUUUUAAUAAAAUGCCAAAAAUAUCACAA